AUGGCUUUUGUUGGAGAGGCUUUUCUAUCUGCUUCCAUUCAGAAGCUUGUCGACAUGUUGGCCUGCCCCGACCUCCGGAAGUUCGCCCGCGAAGAACAAGUCCACGCCGAGCUCAAGAAGUGGGAGGGAAUACUGCUGAAAAUCCAUGCAGUGCUUCAUGAUGCUGAGGAGAAGCAGAUGACUAAUCGGUUCGUGCAGAUAUGGUUAGCCGAGCUCAGAGACUUGGCCUAUGAUGUUGAGGACAUCUUGGACGACUUCGCCACUGAAGCUUUACGGCGCAAGCUGAUCACAGAUGAUCCUCAGCCAAGUACUAGUACGGUACGCAGCCUCAUCUCCUCCUUGUCUUCUCGUUUCAAUCCAAAUGCUUUGGUCUAUAAUCUCAAUAUGGGGUCUAAGAUAGAGGAGAUCACUGCAAGAUUACAUGAGAUUUCUACCCAAAAGGGUGACCUGGAUUUGAGAGAGAAUGUUGAAGGGAGGUCCCACAGGAAGAGAAAAAGAGUCCCUGAAACAGCUUCUCUGGUGGUUGAGUCUCGUGUUUAUGGCAGGGAAACUGAUAAAGAGGCGAUACUUGAAGUUCGGCAUGGGAGGUGUCGGCAAACUACACUUGCCCAGCUUGCCUACAACGACGACAGAGUGAAGAAUCACUUUGAUCUGAGGGCUUGGGUUUGUGUUUCUGAUGAUUUUGAUGUUUUGAGGAUAACAAAAACGCUUUUACAGUCAAUUGCUUCUUAUACCCGUGAGAUCAAUGAUCUAAACUUGCUUCAAGUCAAGAUGAAAGAGAAAUUGUCUGGAAAGAAGUUUCUGCUUGUUCUAGAUGAUGUCUGGAACGAGAACUAUCACAAAUGGGAUAGCUUGUGCACCCCCUUGCGAGCUGGGGGACCUGGAAGUAAGGUUAUCAUCACUACUCGCAACAUGGGUGUCGCGACACUUACCAGAACGGUUUCGCCUUACCUUCUGCAGGAGCUGUCAAAUGAUGAUUGUCGAGCUGUGUUCGCGCAGCAUGCAUUGGGAGCAAGGAACUUUGAAGCUCAUCCGCACUUGAAAAUAAUUGGAGAGGAAAUGGUGAACAGGUGCAGGGGCUUGCCUUUGGUGGCAAAGGCCCUGGGAGGCAUUCUGCGAAAUGAACUAAACCAUGAGGCAUGGGACGAUAUAUUGAAGAGUAAGAUAUGGGAUCUACCAGAAGAGAAAAGUGGUGUUCUUCCAGCUCUCAAAUUGAGCUAUCAUCACCUGCCAUCUCAUCUGAAGCAGUGUUUUGCUUAUUGCGCUAUUUUCCCCAAGGGAUAUGAAUUCAAAAAGGAUGAAUUAAUCCUUUUAUGGAUGGGAGAAGGAUUUCUGCAGCAAACAAAAGGGAAGAAGCGAAUGGAGGACUUAGGUUCCAAAUACUUCUCUGAGUUGUUAUCAAGGUCGUUCUUUCAACAAUCAAGUAACAUAAUGCCACGAUUCAUGAUGCAUGAUCUCAUCCAUGAUUUGGCUCAAUCUAUUGCCGGAAAUUUUGUCAUUCAUAACUACGAAGGUGACACAUGA